AUGGCGGCCCCUCCAAAGACGGAAGCCCCGCCCGGCGCGGCUUCAUCAACCCCGCCACCGCCGCCCAUUGAGUAUUCCUAUAUGUAUGAAAAGGAUAAGAGUCCAUCCAAGCUAUUAGAUGCUCUCUUGAGAGCCAUUAGUUGUUAUAUUACACUCGAAAUUGGCGAUAAGACUGUUUGUCACCUAACACCUGAGAAGUUGGCCGCCUUCUACAAGGCCGUUGGAGGCGACUAUGACUCUCUAUUCGAGAUGCCCCACGAGUCCAUCUCAUACAUCUGGCAAGUCACUGGAUGUCAACACACGUUACAACCUACCGACGACGAUUUUGAACCGCCUUCAAUACCCGCCCUCACCCCCAGAGGUUUUUCGCGAUGGGAGUCUCUUGAGAUUUUGCUUGGUCCAGAGGAGCACGUUCCUUUUCUACAGUUCGCUGUAAAGAACUGGCAGCUAAAACACCCAGAGACUGGCCAAGCAUUUCCUCCCGACCUACCUCCGACCGUAUUCCCAACACAGGCCGAUGCCGAGGUGGACCGCUGGCACAAGUCGUGCGCCGAGAAGCUAAGAAAGGAAGCGAGUGCCAGAGAGAGGGAUGCGGUCCGAGAAGCUGCACGAGAAUCACCUGGCACUGGCGAGCCUGGAGAUGGAGCAGAGCCCAAGUUUGCCUACACCCACGUACGAGGUAGUGCUUUUGCCGGAAACCGGGCCAGACCAGAACGGCCGUUGUACAAUCAUGUGCCGGGUAGACAUGCAGGUAGUGGGCGACCAACCAGACCUUCGCCCGAGAGAUACAACAGUCGCUCUGAUGAACAUGCCAGACGACGGAGCUUUUCAGAUUAUAAUCAGCAGCCGACGCCAGAUGUUCCACCGCAUGCGCAGCAAGGACAGCCGGCGCCUUAUCUCGACCCUAAUGCAAAGCGGCCUGCACCACCACGUCGACACAGCCAGCCGAGACACUUCUCUUCAGAUUCAAGUGAAGAUGAAUCUGCUCCUCCCCGCGCAAAGAGAAGACCCGAAGCAAGUCCUCCGUCUCCAACUUCUCGUCGGUACUCACCUACAAACGACCGACCACCGCCUGUUGCCAGUAACCCGUCAUCGUUCCGUCCUCAUCGCGCUGAUGUAAGAGGUGACGAAUCUACCCGACGACGAUCAACGCAUAGCCCCAGUCUUAGAGAAAAGCUAUCUGAAAAGGUCUCGAAUAUCCUUCCCAACGGACUCGGUAACACACAAGAUCGCAACAGAAACGCGCCUCGAACUGCAUCAUACAACACCGAUUCCUCACGCGGACGUCGAAGCCGUGAUCGACUACCCCCAUCUCGUCUCAGCAAAAGCUACUCCGACAUCUCGGGAGCCUCAUCCGAAGCAGAUUCCAGCGACGACGAAGCGCACCGAACAAGGAGAAUGCGCGAGGAGCGAGACAGAGAGCGAGACCGCGAACGCGAACGUGAACGCAGGGGUAGACAGAGGGAACUCGACCGGGAAAGAGAGGAGGAGCGACGUGAGCGGUAUCUUCGCCGACCAGAGAUGGAACGACGAACUAGCAGCCACGCAGAUGCCGAGCGACGCCGUGACUAUCCCGGAUGGGACCCGCGAUCCGACAGGAAGAGGUGGGAUAAGCGCAUGCCGCCCGAUGAGCGGGGGACAAGUCCCCUUGGGACUCCGAACAGACGAUAUGCUGAGCCGGCGUAUCAAUAA